AUGACCUCAGUCUUUUUGCCGUCAAUACAUUCAUCACAACCACCUUUAGGACAGUCAUCGUCACUGCAACCAAAUGAUGAAAUUAAAGCAGUUUUAUCAUUGCUGUCACAACAACCGGUAGGCAAUAUCAAAAGUAGUCGGCAUGUUGUCAACUGCAAUCGUUUAUGCUACAAGUCUUCAUCUAACCUAAAUCUUUCAAAUGACACAACACAUUCAAAUUUGUCUAGACACCAUCAUGUGUCUCGUAAACCAGAAGCUACUCCGAAGAAUAUUCCAAAGGCAUUACUUUUAUCUCCACCACUGCCAAUACGUCGAAGACCCGCCAAUAUAUUGAUAACAUCAAAAGGUCAUUUAAGGAGUACAUCACAUGUAUCAACUAGCCGAUCCUUAUCUUCUAGUCACUAUGAUAGAAAUCACUUGAUAAAUGGUAGUCAAUACAAUCGGACAAAGUCAUUCAGUCCUAAUGUAGGUGAUGAAUCAAUUAAACCACAAUUGCCAACCAGAUCUAAAAAGACUUCACAUCAAUUCACAUCAUUAGUUAAACGAAAUGAAUUCAAUUCAGAAGAUGUAUUAUGCAUAGAAAAUAAUAGAAAUAUCAUUAUUAACAAUAAUAAUAAUACUACUAAUAAUAAUAAUGGUAACCAUAGCAACAGCACUGAUGAUCAUCGUAUAAAUAAUCACUUAGAUAAAGAACAAUAUUCUCGUUUAACUGUUACUUCACGAUGGAAUUAUCUUUUUAUAAAAUUAUUCAGUUGGUUUCAGCGUAUACAACGGUCACACAGUUCACAAGUAUCUUCACCUGAUUGUACAUCUACACUAGUAAAUAAUAAUAAUAAUAACGAUAAUAGUAAUAAUAAUAAUAGUCAAUGUUAUUCAAGUAUUCACCAACAUCGAAUAAGAAAAAGUGGACACAUGAGAUCACAAAGUCAACCAACACAAAAGUUGAAUAAAUUAAAAUCGAAUUUACAUUCUGAAGGUUAUUUCAAUAAUCAGAAAAGAAUACCGUUGAAUGGAAUGACUAGUUUAAGUCGAAAUGCUUCUCUAUCCGACUUUGAACAAAUAAAUAAUUUUAAGUGCAUGGAGCUACACAACGAUUUUACGCCGUCACAUCCUCAUUUAUCAACUUCAUUAGUGUCUGACGAGAAGAAGUCAGCCGAUAGUUUAACCAGCUUCUGUCAAAUUGAUCAAUGUCCCAUUUUCUUUAAUAAUACAUUAACCACCAAUUCAAAUAAUAAUAAUAAUAAUAUGUGUAGUAAUAAUGUUUGUGUAAGGAAUAAUACAUUCACCUGCAAAAAUAUCCUUGUUCAUGUACACUUUUGUCUUCCAAAGAUUUGA